GACGUCUACUGGCUGGGUAAUUUAGUCAUUUGGAUGGGAUUUGCCGCAUUAUUGUUACAACAUCAUUACGAUUUGCGUUUGCAAAUGGUUGGUGCCAGAAUGCGAAUUGCAUGCUGUUCAUUGAUGUAUCGAAAGAGUUUGCGUCUGUCGGCCCUGUCAGCAAGUCAAACUGGAAGUGGUUAUUUGGUGAAUUUGAUGUCGAAUGAUGUCAGUCGCUUGGACAAAGGAUUUGUGUUGGUUCAUUUCAUUUGGAUUCUGCCGAUACAGUCAAUUCUAAUCGGAUACUUGAUAUGGCAAAGAGCAAAAUGGGCAGCCGUAGUUGGGGUGAUUGGAUUAUUACUAAAAACAGUGCCGGUGCAAACACGUCUAAGCCAUUACACUUCAAUGCUACGAAUGAAAGUUGCACGUCGUACAGAUUAUCGCGUUGGACUAAUGAACGAAAUCAUUAACGGUAUUCAAGUGAUUAAGAUAUAUGCAUGGGAAAAACCAUUCCAAAAAGUCGUUGCCGAGGCUCGUCGCCUUGAGAUCAAACAAAUCCGCUAUGCUGCAUAUAUUCGCGGUGUAAGCUUGAGCUCGUUUGUUUUUAUUGAAAGAUCGACCCUUUUCAUUGCAAUCGCCACCUGUAUUCUAACGGGACAAAAUAUCACCGCUGACAUUGUCUUUUCAAUGGCGCAAUACUUCAAUAUUUUGCAAAUGAAUGCUGCUAUUUUCUAUCCGUGGGCUCUCUCUGCAGCGGCAGAAGCAUUCGUUUCGUUGAAACGUAUUGAAGAAUUUCUGCUGAAGGAAGAAAAGAAUGAAACUGAACAUGGGCUUGAGCGUCGUAGCUCGUUAGUUAUAGCUGAUCACAAAGACAAUGCUGUGGAAAUAAAUAAUGUGAGCGCAUCAUGGGAGGAGAGUGCAAGUAAAAAAACGUUGCAAAAAAUUAACCUAAAGAUUCGAAGUGGACAAAUUUGUGGGCUCAUCGGGCCAGUCGGAGCUGGAAAGAGCUCCUUGGUACAAUUGCUAUUGGGAGAACUGCCAAUUUCAUCGGGAAAUGUUUCAUUGAAUGGCUCGAUAUCAUAUGCGGCUCAGAAGCCUUGGAUUUUCUCUGGCACAGUUCGAAACAAUAUUCUCUUUGGACAGAAAUACGAUAAAAAACGUUACACUGAGGUUGUGAGAUGUUGUGCAUUAACAACUGAUUUUGAACAAUUGCCAAAGGGUGACAAAACUUUUGUCGGUGAACGUGCAUCUUUAUCAGGUGGACAACGUGCACGAAUCAGUUUAGCUCGUGCAAUGUACAAAGCUGCUUCAAUUUAUGUAUUGGAUGAUCCGCUCAGUGCUGUUGACGCUCAUGUCGGAAAGCAUCUCUUUGACGAGGUUAUUGGCCCAAGUGGUUUUGCACAAAAUGCAACGCGAAUCCUAGUAACACAUCAAGUGCACUUUUUGAAAGAGGUAGACAUCAUUGUCGUUGUUGAAAAUGGACAAAUCACGCACAGUGGAACUUACACGGAGUUGACAAACAGCGAUUUGGAUUUUGCAAAGUUACUACAAAAACUCGAGAACGAAGAGAAAACGGAAGAAACGGCAAACGACUGCGCACAAUCUGAGGAUGGUAGCAUUUAUGAAGACGAUGACAUUCCAUACAUUGAUGACUUCGUACCAAAUGAAUCGUACAGAGCUUUGAAACAGCGCACUGAAUCCGUGUCAAAGUCAUCGUGCGCAUCACAAGAGUUCGAACAAGAUCAAAUCGAUGCGGAAGAACAAGCGGAAGGCAGUGUACCUGUGAGAGCAAUUAAGAAAUACUUUUUCGCUGGCACCAACUGCUGUGGUCUCUUCACAAUAUUUUUCGUUAUGAUUCUUUCGUUGUGUGUUACGAGUGGAACCGAUUACUUUGUCAACUACUGGACAUAUCAAGAAUAUAAACGUUUGCAUGGUAAACAAGUGCCAUUAACACAGAUGAAGUAUUUAUAUAUCUAUGGAGUGCUUAUUAUUGGAGUUAUUUUUACUUGCAUUUAUCGCAGUAUAAUAUUCUUCAGAAUGACUUCACGUGCAUCAAAGAUAUUACACAACCAAAUGUUUCAAAGCAUUUUGCAUGCGCCGAUGCGAUUCUUCGAUUUAAAUCCGUCUGGUCGGAUUUUGAAUCGUUUCUCCAAAGAUAUGGGCGCUAUCGAUGAAGUCAUGCCCGGAGUGAUGUUGGAAGCAGUCCAAAUAAUAUUGGUGAUGCUCGGCAUUUUAACAGUUAUCUCGAUUGUGAAUCCAUCCAUGAUUUUGGCAUUAUCAUGUGCCAUGGUUUUGUUUGCUCUGAUCAUAAAGUUGUACCUGCAACCAUCACAAGAUUUGAAGCGUUUAGAAGGCAUUUGUCGUAGCCCGGUUUUUUCGCAUUUGACGGCCACCAUAAAUGGUUUAACGACAAUACGAGCAAGAAAUAUACAGAAUAAAUUGGCCAAUGAAUUUGAUCAAUUGCAAGAUGUUCAUAGUGCGGUUUGGCAGUUGGGAAAGACAUCAAACACCGCAUUUGGCCUAUGGAUGGAUUGUGUUAGCACCGCAUUCCUUGCAAGCGUUAUAUUCAGUUUUAUUAUUUUAUAUGAAAACACAUUCAGUGGAAAUGUUGGAUUGGCCAUUUCGCAGGCGUUGAUUUUGAUGGGCAUGGUUCAAAUUGGAAUACGUCAAACGACAGAAACGAUGCAGCAGAUGACAAGUGUCGAGCGAAUUUUGCAGUAUAUCGACUUGGAACCGGAACAAAGUCCGAAUGAAAAACCACCAUCGGAUUGGCCAAGAACAGGUAAAAUAAAAAUGCACAAUGCUUCAUUGCGAUAUGAUCCACAAGGUGCGCCAACGUUGAAAAACCUUCGCUUAGAGAUUGAAUCUGGAUUCAAAAUUGGAGUUGUGGGUAGAACUGGUGCUGGAAAAUCGACUCUCAUAGGAGCUCUCUUUCGUUUGUAUCGAAUCGAUGGAAUCAUUGAAAUCGACGACGUCAACACAGGGACGAUUGCAUUGAGCAGCUUAAGAGAGAAAAUCUCGAUCAUUCCACAGGAUCCAGUCUUGUUUUCGAAUACAGUUCGCUAUAAUUUGGAUCCAUUUGGCCAUUACAGCGAUGAUGCCAUUUGGCGAUCACUAGAGGACGUUGAAUUGGAAUCAAUGAUUGAUAGCUUGGACUAUUUGGUUACCGAAGGCGGAACCAAUUUCAGCCAAGGCCAACGGCAAUUGAUAUGCUUGGCUCGGGCCAUUUUGAGAAAUAACAAAGUGCUGGUACUCGAUGAAGCCACAGCCAAUGUGGAUCCACAAACCGAUGCACUCAUUCAGAGAACAAUUCGCGAGAAAUUCAAACAUUUUACCGUUCUAACGGUGGCUCAUCGAUUGCACACCAUCAUUGAUUCCGACCGUGUUUUAGUCAUGGAUGCGGGCAGUGCCAAAGAAUUCGAUAUUCCGCAUAAAUUGCUGCAGAAUGAAGAGAGCAUUUUCCGAGGGAUGGUUGAUGCAACCGGUCCGCAAGAGAGCGAACAGUUGAAGAAAGUUGCAGCGGAAAAAUUCAAUGAAAUCAUCAGCAAACUGUAGCAAAGGAGCGGUUAGAUUUGAGUCAAUUGUAGCUAUAUAAAUACGAGUACAAAUUUAAAUAUGUAUUUUUUCAAAAUAUGUCGAGAUUGUUCCUUGUAGCUUACUUAUCCUAGCCGAAAAUUUGUUUGUAUUAUCAAAAUAAUUGAAAAUUAUUUAAUUAGGGUGAAAGUUGUUCACUCCUUGUUUCGCACAGAAGCAUUGCUGUAAAUUAAAAAAAUUAUCAAAGAAAACAAAAUAAAGAAUUCCAGAAAUAUUGAGUUUAAUUGAAAUGCCAAA